AUGCCUGCAGAUAGAGACAACAAAGAUAAUUGCCAUGAUUCAAACUCACCACAGGACGAGACAAACCCGUUUGUUGCGAUCUGCCGUUUUGCCGAUGAGCAAGUCUCGUCUGUACUACAGUCCAUCACCGGCCUCCCAUCCUCAAUAACGCCUCCACGCAGCGACCACUGGACUAUAUUUACUGACGAUAAAGGCUACAAAAGUAUGGCCUACCGUCAGCGGAACGGUACGACUAGUGCCGAUCCCGCGGGAGACCGCGACUACUCACAAGAUCGAGAUGAAAGCAGCUCAUCGGGAGAUCGAGAGGAAAACUCAUAUGGCGAGAAGAAAAGUAACACCCCGCGGACUUCAUGGACCGAAGAUGCCUUGCAAGGAAUCCAUAGCAAUGAAUUCUUUGGCCUCCACUCCCUCCUUGAUCGAUUCGAGGACUUCUUCUCUCCCGGCUCGCCAUCACGUCACACAAACCCUAGUUUCCUCCUCUCUGACAUGGUCAGGGAAUUCUCACCGACUUGGCCCGUUUUAUACUUGAUGUUCAGCUCGUACUCCCCGCUGAAUCUUGAGCGCGAGACGCGCCUUCGUCCACGGCGCGAAAAUGGCGUGUUCAUGUCUUCUGUGCGAACGGAGACGGAUAAAGAAACAUCUGAGCCUCAGUGGCGCGAAGCCUUUGAAGAUCUUCUCCGAUUGCAGAAUGGAAAGCCCAUGCUCGAACGCGAUGCUUUAAUGCCAAAGACAACGCGCGAAAGCGGGAACGAGUGGAUCAGGCAGAUGAUAAAGCGUCGCAGCUGGGGGGAUCAGUGGAUUGAUGGGGAGUACAAUCAUUCUAUUCCACGGUUGGAGCUGAGGGAAAGAACACCAAAAGAGGAAUCGCAGAAUGGGCGCGAAGCUGAGACAGAAUUGGAGUUGUAUGAGCGCUUCCUACAGGAUAUCGAGUCACUAGAACGUGGAAUAUCCAGGGACGUGAUCGAAAAUACGAGUCCUCUACUCCGCGCUCUAUUCGCUGAACGACAGGCAAAACAAGACAAAAUGGACAGGUUCCGGGGCAGGUUCCAGAACACACCACAAACUGAAUAUGAGGGAGACUACGAGGCUGAGAGUUGGAUAGACGCCGUCUCAGGUGGGAACCGCAGGACUGUUCCUGAAACAGAAGAAGCAUUGGGCACUACACCUGCAGUAUCGAGCACCGAUAUCGCCGAGUCAGAAACUGCAAGCCGUCGUGUUAUCUCGACCAUGUCACGAACAGAACGUACUCGUCUGCCUGAUGGCUCAGUCCAGAUCAAGAAGGUCAGCACAAAGCGGUAUGAUGAUGGUACUGAGGAGACUGACUCGUCUACCGAACUCACGAAUGCCCACCCUGAACAUAAAAAGUCAGAUGGCUCAGGCAGCCAGUCAAAGAAUGGCUGGUUCUGGCGCGAAUAA